CUCUGGCUGCACCCCUGCCCCACUCAGGCUGCCCCCGGGACCCCCCAGCAGGUUCACGCUUUGGGGUGUGCCCUGUACCUGCCUCUGCACCCUCUGCCCCUACCGGGGAGUCCCCGGACUGCCCACCUGCCCCCUCCUCCUGGCACCACCAUGCUUCGGUCCUGUGAGCUGCUCGCCUGCUGCCUCGCCCUGGGCACCUUAGGGUGCCCUUCCCCAGACUUUUGUCAGCAGAUCUUCGACUCUGGUGUGAAGCCGGGAUUUCCCAUGGUCAUAAAGACCAAUGACCCUAAAGUGCUCCAAGCAGCCAGACUCAGUGUGGAAAGGUUCAACAACUGCACCAAUGACGUCUUCUUGUUCAAGGAAUCCCACAUCGAGAGCGCCCUGGUCCAGGUAGUGAAGGGCCUGAAGUACAUGCUUGGCAUGCUCAUCGGCAGGACCACCUGCAAGAAAACCCAGCGGCCGCACCUGGACAGCUGCAACUUCCAGACCAACCACACCUUAGUGCAGACUCUCUCCUGCUACUCAGAAAUCUGGACCAUCCCCUGGCUCCACAAGUCCCAAGUAACUGUUCUCCACUGUCACCAACUUCCGCCUGGUGCUCCAACAACCCCAUGACAGGUGUGUUCUAUCAUCAUGCCCUGGCUCUUGUGAUGCAGCAUCUCACAUGGUGGUGUCCGUGGGUGCAGCCCAGAGCACAGAAAACCACCUGCCCCAUGGCCCAGUGAAACCUGAUGCAUUUUCUUCCCCGUCUGUCCUGCUCUACUGCUACAACUGGGGGCUGAGCACCCAGGACUGAGUCUCCUUGUGGGACUCAGGUGCCCUGGCAAAGGAGAUGGGUGCUUUCUCUUGCCGUGUUACCUGGCUGGCAGUCCCAGGUUUCCCUGAAAGCCCCAGACACCGUGUUCCCGUGAUGAUGAUGACUGCGUGGGGCCUGGGGGGAGGACAAAGGGCAGACUCGGCUGGCUACAGAGAAUUUCAAAGCCUUUGCAGAUAAAUAAAACAUGCAUUCAUGUCUCUCGAGACUGGCUGACUCAAAAUCAUGACGGUCCCUUCACCUACUAAAGAGGGAGUCA